UUUGUCAGGGACGGCUGAGGAAUUCACGAAAGAAAUCGGUAACACGGAACAAGUCAAACCCUUCUUUUACAUGCCUUAUUCAACUACUAUCAAAUACUUUGGCCAAUGUUCGUUGAAUUCUUUCAACCCCACAAUUAUAUUGUCAGACUUGUGUAUGAUACCUGUGCGGGUCACGUUCAUUGUAAACGUGUUUCAGAUACGGACAGAGCGGAACGCGUUCACUGCAAUCGGAGUGACAUGGAUCGUGAUUCUAUUGGUAUCAGUACCAGUGUAUGUGAGUCACGGCGAGGUGACGUACACAUACUCUUCUGCGGAGCACACAGCCUGCGUGUUUCUGGAGGAAGAUGCCGUCAACAGACCUGACGGCUACAACAAGCCGAUCUUCCAAAUUCUGUUCUUCGCCACCUCGUACGUGACGCCGCUAGCACUAAUCUGCGGACUGUAUCUGUGCAUGCUUCUACGUCUUUGGCAUGGUGUUGCGCCAGGAGGUCAUGUGUCAGCUGAGAGUCGCAGAGGCAAGAAGCGUGUCACCCGCAUGGUCGUGGUCGUCGUUGCCAUAUUCGCCAUCUGCUGGUUUCCAAUACAGAUCAUCCUCGUCCUGAAGAGCAUUGACAUGUAUGAGAUCACCAACGCGAGUGUCAUGAUCCAAAUCGUGAGUCAGGUGAUGGCCUACAUGAACUCCUGUGUCAAUCCCAUUUUGUACGCUUUCCUGUCGGAUCACUUCCGUAAAGCAUUCCGCAAAGUCGUCAACUGUGGACCGUGGGGCUCUGGAGGCACGCGUUACCAAAGAGCAUCGACUACAAUCAUCCCUCAUCAAGCCAACGGAAGAUACGAUGGCAGCAAGAGUACCAUGCUGACCCUCACUAAAACCACGCGCACUAAUGGUUGCAGUGCGGUUAACGAUAUUUUAUGAGAUACAACCGCGACAACGACCACAAACGCCGGCGGCUCUUUAGAGACAAUGCUGUGAUUUUCUCUGUCGUUGUUUUCAUAGCUAAGCGUCACAAGAAUUUCUCUCGGAAUAGUCCGGGGAAGCUCAAAUUUAUAUUUUUUUUAUUCUCGAACGGAUAUUGAACAAAGUUCCAGUAACGAAAGGUGCUCGUUAAAACGUGCUGUGAUUCAGAUUGGAAUGUUACUUUUGCUUAAUUCUGUUGUGGAAAGUGUAGCUUAAAGUUACAUUUCAGUAUAUUAUUCCUGCCUGCGAUAACCGAUUUUCAUUAACAGCUGUUGGAAAUGCAGAAAUAUUUGUGUUAUAUGUAGAACGUCAAAUCUGAAACCGAAACAACGCAUCUUUCGUGCAUCAUAAUAAGAGCUACGAUUGCAUGCACAGAUGAAAUCUCCUCGAACAGUAGAGUAGAAACUUGGAACUUAAAUGCACUCAUGAAUUGUCCUCAUUAAACAUAAACUUUUACGAGGAAAUAUAUUCUAAAUUAAGAUCGGGAAUACGUUACAAUUAAACGGUUUAUACGAAGUUAUUUUGGUUGAAUAUCUUCUGAUGAAUUAAUACAUUUAAUCAUUGGGUUAAAGUGUUUGUGUAAUUUAUGAUUCAAUAUAAGUUACAAUAUAUGUAAAGAGCAAUAACGUACGUUUUUUCAUGAGCUUGCGCUGUAUAAAAACAUUUCCUGCAAGCAGAAUUUGGAACACGACGGUACAACAUCUUUAAGAAAAUAAGGAAAAGAAAUUAUAAUUGUUAAGCAGAUAAUGUGGAAAUUGUGAAAUAAAUCAGGUUCUUUUGAUUUCAGCUUCCAUUAAACUGCUCAAGCCCUCUUACACAUGUCUGCAACACUCCCCAAAUGUGAUUUAAGAUUAAAUGUUAUGCACGCCCAUAGAAAAUUUCAUAUUAUAAUGGACAAUAAUUAAUGUUAAAAUGUAUCUAUAUAUCAAGGGUUUUACUAAAUUCAGUAUAAAAGUCAAGUAAAUUGUUAACAUAUUUGAACAGUUUUUAUUGAUCGGAUAUAUUGAAUAUGCAAAAUAUUUGCAAACAAUAUUAUUUCUUAAGCUUAAAUACGCAAAGUAAGCAUAAACGUUGUCUAAUUUAUGAUGGUACGAAAACUAAAAUUUUAUUGGCCAUUUCAAAAAGUGUGAUGAGUAAAUGUUUUCCUUUACGAAACUUCGGUAUGGACUGACGCAAAGGCGAGUUAGAAUGAGGGUUCAGUUUUCAUAAAGGUAAAUCAUCACACGCUUCAGUCACAGAAUAAAUAUCUUGAUCUGGAAUAAUAAUACUUCUGGAAUGUAAAAUUCGUAAGAUUCACAGAUUUUGUACUAAAUCACAUUUUUUGGUAUAUGACUUGAUACGUAUUUAGACUGUGGCAUUAUUUACCUUAUGGUCAUAUAUAUUACAAAAGUAACAAUGUCAAUACUAUGUUUCGAUAAAUAAAAUUAAGUUGCACAUCGACAUAAAUGAGAUGCUUUCGCUCACCCUCUUUGAUAUACGAGGCUUUAUCAGAGAUAUUCUGAUUAUUUUCUGUUUCUCUUUGUGUAAUCAAACCUCCAGUUGCUUUGAAACUCUACUUCCUUUCCAUACUGCUAAAUUUAGAACGUGCCAAUUAGUCUCUUUGCCUAAAGGGAUAAUUUAUUCUGCUAAUUAUCUUUAUAGAAAUUCUAGAAACCAACUAUAUUAACAACUUGAUACUAACUACUGGUUAAACGGUCAAUCGUGUUCUACAGUAAAAUAUCCGGAACUGUUAUUGUCACAGAUACGCUUAUAUAAAUUAACUUAAUAGAAACAUAUCUUAUUUAUAAUUUUACUGCUAUAUCACACUUACAUAGUACCGUAACUUAGCUUUAUGUAACGUAGUGAUUUAUAUAGCAAUGUCUUCCUGUUUGUUGCAACAGUGUGAUGUCGUGUUUGGACUGAGACCACUAACACCCACAUCCACCAUUGCCACAUUCAUUAAUAUUAUUAUUUUAAUGUUAUAUUUCUUGUAGAGCGUUUGUUAAUAAACGUUUUUGCAAGUAUAGAUUAAAUACGUUAAGAAUUAUUAUGUAAUUUGUGUGUACAUAAAAAUUAAUGUUGCUUUAAAAGUGAUUGCUUGAUUGCUCCUCUGGUUAGUGUACACUCUUCUUCAAACUAAACAGAGUUCUUAUAUCCAUGUAAUGCUAUUUUGUGAUGGAAGAAAAACAUGGAGUAAAUUUUACGGCGUCUGAACAAUAUCUCACCCUUAUCAUUCCGACAUUUUCCUUUGAAUGUUCACUCUUUACCACCAACAGAUUCGACAGUCUUGCCCUCGACAUCGCUGGACUAUGAAACACACUAAGUAUAAGCCUGCCAGAAUAUUCAGCGUGAGAGAUAUCUACGGUUUUAGAGACUCACUGAUCUGAAGUCUUUACAAGUGUCUUUAAUAAUUUAUCACUUUCGAUUACAAUGUGCGAAAGACUGUUUACUUAUAUAAAAUACUAAGAACUGAACUGACUUAUAUUACUGUAAAAGUACGUAUGUAUUUUCAGGUCACUAGUGAUCACCAUACUUUCUUUUGCUUAACUCAGGUUUUUAUUUUUCUCACUUAAAUCUUGGUUCCUGUUUUAUUCCAUAACACAUUUUCAUUUUGUAAUGAGUGAGACAUCAAUUUAUUUGAAAUAAUUAAAUAAUUUGUUUAUUUAUGUCUACAAUUACAAUCAUCUGUUACCAGUUUACGUUCAUUCUGGGUUUUUUUUUGGCUAUACAGAAAUCUAAAGCCAUGCUCUUGAGAGAUUGAGAUUUUUCAGUCAUGUAUUCGGUUAUAUCUGACGCCAAUUUCACAUGUGGUUGAUCUAAAGAACCGGUACAUACAGAGAAAAAAUGUCAUCCUUGUGUUUUCGCGGAUGGAGUUCAAUGUAUAACUUCGGGUUUCAGGUAUGAGCCACGUCAAAUGUUGGGUAUUGAUCAAAGUCUUGGAAAACAUUGCAGUUGCCAUCUUCAGUGAGGCAAGUUUUAGAAGCCUUAUACACAGCAGGCAGUAUGUGGCGAGAUAGAUUUGGUGGCGGUGGUAGAUGAAGCGGAGGACACGGCUUCUCUCCUGUUCUAUGUAACACUUCAGAACUCGACCCACCACACAUCCACUCCAAAGGUGGCAAUUCCAGUGUUUCCGAAACACUGAUUAGUACUAAACAAACACGGCGCGCCUCAUGCUCGAAAGCCGAAGUUUACAUAUGCCGAUAUUUCUUUUAUUUGCAGGAGUUUGUAACUAGUUAUAUUGGCUGAUAAUGAGAUAAUAAGAAAGCCUGUAGGCAUACAGUAUAUAAGCGAUAACUACAAGAAUUUCGGAUGGUAGGUUUCAACAAUAAUGUAAUAAAACAUGUUGAUCAUUGGAAAAUUUAUGGGAUUUAUUAAUAACGCUUGCUCCAAGACGGUGAAUGUAGAUAGUACUGUCAUUUUACAAUAAUAUUAGUGCAGGUACUUAAAUGAAAUAAAACGGUCAAAGUGUGUGUACGAAAAUGUUAAUAUUCUAGGCCUAUAUUAUAAAUAAAUCAUGGCCUCAGUUACAUGAUUUCGUAUGAAUUAAUUUCCUGGAACAAUACAAAACCCUCCUAUUCGUACAUGCCCAGUCUGAAAAAAUGUAAUCUUGACAAGUCUCAUGUUAUUAUUUGUGCUUAAAAUAUUAAAUAAAUGUUCACAGGAACGAGCAGAUUAUAUUUAACUUUGAAGUUGUAUUAUAUUGUAAAUAUAAAAAAGAUAAUAAACUGGUUACAUAUA